AUGAGAUAAGAUACUUUUUAAAUAUUUUUAGUGGUUUGUUUGAUGCUUAUUGCAUCAUAUGAAUGCAAAAGGAUGGGAUCCAGUGAUAAGGUUGUGAUUGGUAUUCUCACUUUGCCAUCAUCUUAUUCUGAUUAUCCUUAUUAAAAAUACUCUUAAAUUGUGAGGGCCUAUGUAUAAAAUAUUUAAGAUUCAGGAAAAGCAAUAGCUGUCCCUAUUAAUUGGGAUAGCACUGAAGAGGAAUUGGAUGAUAUUCUUUCAAAAGUAAAUGGUGUAUUCUUUACAGGUGGAGGAGUAUAAUUUAUGGAAGAAAAUAGUGUUGAAUAGUACUACUUAAAAACAGUCACUUAUAUCAUAGAAAAAUCAAAAUCUUUCAAUGAUGAGGAUAAUUAUUUUCCGAUUUGGGGUACUUGCUUAGGUUUUUAAGUGAUAAAUUAUGUUACAGCUGGCAAUGAUUUAAGUAUUAUGAUUAGAAAAUUAGGAGAUACUGCAAAUCAUAAUCUUUAUGAUAUUGAUGUAGAAUCAAGAUUAUUUAAAAAUAUGCCUAAAGACCUUAUUAAUUGGCUUUAAGAGGGAUCUCCAGCUUUUUUUAGUCAUGAAGAUGGGAUUGUUAAAAGUAAAGCAGAUGAGAACGAAAACCUAUCAGAAAAUGUUGUCUUCACAUCUCUAAGCAAAACUGAUGAUGGAGAGGAGUUUAUAGCUAGUAUAGAGUUUUAAGAUUAUCCUAUUUAUGCAGUUUAAUUCCAUCCUGAGAAAAACUUAUUUGAGCCAAAAGUUGAUGCAAAUAGAGAUGAACUUUCUUUGAAUGUUUGUAGAUAUUUUAUAGAAUUCUUUAUCAAGGAAUGCUAAAAAAACAAAAAUUAAUUUGAAAAUAAAGAAGAGAUUAAAUAAUUGAGAGUGGAUAAUUUUUAGUGGGUUGAAAUUGAAUAAAGUCACUAUUCAUCUCUUUAUUUUUUAGAAAAUGCAAAUAAUCCAGAUAUAGACUAUGAUGAUAGAUAUGGACCUCGCCAUUAUUUUAUCUAAAAUAAAUAAAAUAGGAAAAUUAAAACUUAACAAAGAGCUAUUAGACAAAAUAAUAUUUAAUGA